UCGAAUAUUUUCGCAUGUAUAAUAAUUUUCGGGUCACAAAUUGUACCAUUUUAAAUGGUUUUUUACCUAAAUUAAAAUUGAUUCAACUUUCGCACAAUAAAUUUCUUGGUUGGAAUAAUUAUUUUAUAAAUACCAAUUUUUUAAAACGACAACGAACAACACUUAUGUCCGACAAUAAUAUUACCAUUGAUAUAGCCGGAACUAGCGUUCCUGUUACAGCGUUACAAACUAACAUUGACGUUGCUUCCGUCCUAGAAUUUAAACCUUUUAAAGAUUGGGUUUCUGCUAUAUCAAAAGAAUCUUAUUCAGUCAAAAAGAAAGAACUCGAAUUUAAAAAAGUCGAAAUACAAAAUGUUGAUUAUUUUGGUCCUAAAAUAGGUUUUAUCAAAUUUAAAGUAGACGCGAGAUUAAUUGAGAACGGAAAAAAUGUUCCUGGAAUCGUUUUUAUGAGAGGCGGCUCUGUCGCAGUUUUGUUGAUUCUUAGAUCUAAAGAUGAAAAUGAAACUGUAAAUGAACAUGUUGUAUUAACAGAACAACCACGUAUACCUGUUCCUUCACUUGCUUUUCCAGAGAUACCUGCAGGAAUGCUUGAUGGAUCUGGUAAUUUUACCGGAAAAGCAAGUGAAGAAAUUAGAGAAGAAACGGGUAUUGUAAUUAAAGAUCAAGAUUUGAUUGAUAUGACAGAAUUGGCUUAUGGAAAUCAAUAUAAAGGAGCUUAUCCAUCUCCUGGUGGUAGUGAUGAAUUUAUAAGAUUAUGCUUGUGUAUUAAAGAUAUGAAUAUAAAUGAUAUAAUAAAGUUGGAAGGUAAAUUGGGUGGAUUAAGAGAUCAUGGUGAAAAUAUUGUUGUUAGGUUAAUUAAGUUGAAUGAAUUGUGGAAAAUUCCAGAUAUGAAAGCAUUGUCUGCUCUAUGCUUAUAUGAGGCUUUAAAAAAGGAAAAAAAAAUUCAAUAAAUACUAAAUUUUCUUUAAAAUUAAGAUUGUAAUCUUUUUUUUUAA